GAUUGGGAGGGUGGAAAGUUGCGCGCACAUGAGCCGAUGUCAGCGUUAGGGAUCUGGGCCUUGUCUUUUGUGCCGCAACUAAGAUUUCCAAACCCAUUCUGGGGUUGGACAACCGUCGCUGGACUCGCUAAAGUUCUAUACCAGCGUAGCAGGAAGUAAUGCAAUGCACGAGCCCAUCGUCCUUCCAAUGUCACCUAAAUUGGUCCUGCGAUUUCCUGAUUGGCUCCCACCACAGUCAUUUUCCUAACGAUCUAAGAUUAGCCAACCUAAAUCAGGCAUGGUUGUAAACAUGGUCAGGACCAUUUCCCCCUUGCACGCUCUCUGUCAUGGCCCAUGGGACACCGUGCCAUCAUAUCGGAAAAAGUCAAGGAAAAAAUCAAAAUGAAGAAAAAAAUUUUUCUGGGGCCGAAUGACACAGAUUUUCCCCGUGGGUGAAUUUCCCCGGGUCCGGCUCUAUGCCGAUUCUCAACUGUUGUAACACCGCCAGAGUUAUAAAAGCGCAUCCAUUCCCCUGCAUCGCUUCGGUUCAUUUCUCCCCCGCGCGCGUGUGUGUUUCCCUGUGGUGGUCAAUUUGCCGUCUCUCAUUCACGCCCUCGCUGUUAUUUGCCUGUCCUUCGCUAGACAGUCCAUCGCUUUCUCUCUCUUUUGGACACAUACACACACAUAGACCCGCGAGCCCUGUGCUAGGUCGACAACAGCUCUAUCACCAUGGGUGACGCUGACGUUGUAGCUCCAAAUGCCCUCGCCGAUACCACGCGAGUGGAGGCACCGGUCACCUUCAAGACUUAUAUGAUGUGUGCCUUUGCAGCCUUUGGCGGUAUCUUCUUCGGUUAUGAUUCCGGUUACAUUAACGGUGUCAUGGGCAUGAGUUAUUUCAUCCAAGAAUUUGAAGGCUUGGAUCCUGCCACCACCGACUCGGAUCAUUUCGUCAUCUCAUCGUGGAAAAAAUCUCUGAUCACAUCCAUCUUGUCGGCAGGCACAUUCUUCGGUGCUUUGAUUGCGGGUGAUCUGGCUGACUGGUUUGGACGUCGGCUCACCAUAGUGUCCGGUUGUGCCAUCUUCAUCGUGGGUGUCGUUUUGCAAACCGCUUCUACCACCGUCGCUCUUCUCGUGGUGGGCCGUUUGAUUGCGGGAUUCGGUGUCGGUUUCGUGUCGGCCAUCAUUAUCCUGUACAUGUCCGAGAUUGCUCCUCGCAAGGUCCGCGGUGCCAUUGUGUCGGGUUACCAGUUCUGCAUCACCAUUGGUCUGAUGCUGGCUUCUUGCGUCGACUAUGCCACCCAAAACCGCACGGAUUCCGGUUCUUAUCGCAUUCCGAUUGCCAUUCAGAUUGCCUGGGCUCUCAUUCUCGGUGGCGGUCUGCUCCUCCUUCCGGAAUCGCCCCGUUAUUUCGUCCGAAAGGGUCAGCUCGACAAGGCGUCGCAUGUGCUUGCCCGUGUCCGUGGCCAGCCCGAGGAUUCCGAUUAUAUCAAGCAGGAGCUGGCGGAGAUCGUGGCCAACAAUGAAUACGAAAUGCAGGCCAUGCCCCAGGGUGGCUACUUCACGACCUGGCUUAACUGCUUCCGUGGAAGCCUCUUCCACCCCAACAGCAACCUCCGUCGGACCGUCCUGGGUACCUCUCUUCAGAUGAUGCAGCAAUGGACCGGUGUCAACUUCGUGUUCUACUUCGGUACCACGUUCUUCAGCUCCCUCGGAACGAUUUCGAACCCCUUCCUGAUUAGCAUGAUCACCACCAUUGUCAAUGUCUGCUCGACUCCCGUCUCGUUCUACACCAUGGAGAAGAUCGGACGUCGUCCCCUGCUGCUGUGGGGUGCGCUUGGCAUGGUUAUCUGCCAGUUCAUCGUCGCCAUCACCGGUACCGUCGUCGGCGACAAGGGCGGCAACAACGCUGCCGUCAGCGCCGAGAUCUCCUUCAUCUGUAUCUACAUCUUCUUCUUCGCCAGCACCUGGGGUCCUGGCGCAUGGGUGGUCAUCGGCGAGAUCUUCCCUCUGCCCAUUCGUUCCCGCGGUGUCGCUCUGUCCACCGCAUCGAACUGGCUCUGGAACUGCAUCAUCGCCGUCAUCACCCCGUACAUGGUUGACCAGGACAAGGGCGAUCUCAAGUCCAAGGUGUUCUUCAUCUGGGGAGCCCUGUGCACCUGCGCCUUCAUCUACACCUACUUCCUCAUCCCCGAGACCAAGGGACUCACCCUCGAGCAGGUCGACAAGAUGAUGGAGGAGACCACGCCCCGGACCUCCGCCAAGUGGAAGCCCCAUACCACCUUCGCGGCCGACAUGGGACUCACCGAGAAGGACAUCAACGACAAGGUCCACGUCGCCCACCGGGAAGUCUAAUCCCGCUCAGCCGAAGGAGGUCUAUCUGGUGGGUAGGGGGUGCGGGAGGUGUUCUGCAAAUUACUUUUUUUUUCUUUUCUCAUUUUAAUUGACUGAUUGUCAGCUAUGAACUCAUACCCAUGAUGUUUUACGUGUCAUGUCGUUUUAAUGCCCUGGCAGAACAGAGAAGAUGGCAGAGAGAUGUACCAUUAAUCCAUACUCAACUUCUUCAACCUAUCACUCCCUGUGUGUGUGUGCUUCAUUGGAAAUUCGGGUUUCUUCCGUGCGCCACGCUAACACUCGGUAAGUGGUCUUAAACACCGGCAAAUCUCGAUGGAUCAGAGUGGGUUUCCCAUGCAGGGGUAGCCCAAUACAUUCCGAUACCGUAUUUGUGACCGGAAUGGGUUGAUGGGUCGCAGAGGAUAUCAAUCUUCUUGCGAAACAAGGACUUACGUAUGUCGACUUGUAGCGCGGUAGGCAUCAUGAACAGGCUAGUGCUAAUGACCACCCUCUUUGGUAACCAUACCCUCUGUCCAUAUCAGAUAGGUAUCUGACUGAAUUGUGAGUGUCAUAUGUAUCUGAUUAGAAGUGUAUUGUUACGUAUGUGGGAAUGGGAUAUGGAGCAAUACAGUUUUAAUA